AUGGCUUCCAAGACACCUAAUGCGCCUCUGGGGAUAGAGGAAAUGUUCCAACAGAUUAUGAUUGGAAUGCAAAAAUCCAACCAAGAAGUCUCUGAAUUGAGGAAUGAAUGCGCCGAGCUUCGACAAGCUAAUGCAGCACUCGAGAAACAAAUUCGUGAAUCAUUGACCGGUGGUCUCGCACCGCCCUCUCGCCAGGGAUCCUUCUUCCACUCUCCUACUGUUCCCGGCAGCCCGAUCGCACGCCCGACCCGCUCCCCAUUCCUAGCGCCGACUGGUGCACCAUCGCUCUAUGUGCCCAGCACGCCUUCGCAAGAAACCAAGUCGCUAGAGUGCCCGGCUUUUGGGCUGUUGUUCCUGCCGGAGGAGCCGGAACGCGUCUCUGGCCUCUUUCUCGCGAAUCCUACCCCAAAUUCUUCCUCGACGUCACACUCUCCGGCCGUUCCCUCAUCCAGAGCACAUGGGACCGUCUCUUGCCGCUCACAACUCCCGAGCGUCUCAUGGUCGUCACCGGCCAAAUCCAUGCUCCGACCGUCCAAGUCCAACUGCCCGAUCUCGAUUCCUGCCGUUUUGGCUCGACGGGACCCGGACGCGGUCUUGGGUUCCUUUGCGGCGGACCAUAUGAUUAGCGGUGCGGAUGCGUUUAUGGCGGCUGUGACCGAAGCCGUCGCCACCGCCCGACACGACUACCUCGUCACUAUUGGUAUUGCGCCCUCCCACCCGUCUACAGGAUUCGGUUACUUCAAGGAAAAGCCCGACGCUCGUACCGCCGCUGCGUACAUUACUAGCGGUAACUACCGCUGGAACGCCGGCGCUCAGGGAAAAGGCUCUCGCAGAGAUUUGGCCAACUUGCCCAAGAUUGCGAUUGAUAAUGCCGUGGCGGAGCCUGCUGCGUUGACCGGCCGAGUUGCGACUGUGCCCGCUACUUUCGGUUGGGAUGAUGUUGGUGACUUUGCUUCUCUCUCCGACUUGCUCCCCGCAGAGCACAGUCAGACAGGAUUCUGGGUGACGGAAACUUGGGUUGCAGGUGGUAUCGUCGUUCCCGCAUCGGGUCGUCUCAUCGCCUGCUUGGGUGUGGACGAUCUGGUCGUCGUUGAUACCAAUGAUGCGCUACUCAUCACGACUCGCGCACGUAGCCAAGAAGUCAAGAAGAUCGUGCAAAAGACCAAGGAAAGUGGAUGGAAACAAUUGUUGUAA